AUGUCUCUCUUUUCCACCGGCGCCGAGCUCCCAGAGCAGGAGCGCCUGGAGUUUGUCCAUGCACCGCACGCCUUUGAAUCGGACCCUCGCCCGUUUCUGGCCUCACCCGAUUCGCCCUUGACCGAAUCUGUCGAAUCGGGUAACGACGCCCUUUCCACGUCCCGGUACUCCCUGGCCAACCUGGUCCAGGCCUCGUCCUUUCUGAAUGGCUCCUUCCGAGACGACCCCUGGCAUCGAGCCUCGGACGAGCUGGGUCUCUCGUCUCCAUCGUAUUUUGCACGGAAACGCCUGGCUGGCCUGUCUUCGCCCUCGCCCAAGACUUCGACAAACCGCCAGGCCUCGCUGUCGCUUCCCUGGUCGCCGCAGCUCCCCUGGGCCGGCUCAUCGCAAGGUGGUCGCUCGGCCGACAACAUCGAUUCAUACGAUCCCGUCAGCUCCUUUACGGCCCAGGCGCCUUCCGAGCUCGCUCCAUGGCAGCGCAAGUCUUCCGUGUCGCUGGCCUUGCCCAACUAUGGGCCCGUCUCCCCGCCCUCCUGCGACGGCAACGGCAACGGCAACGGCAAUGGCAAUGGCAAUGGCAAUGGCAUUCCCAUUCCCGUGCCCAACAAUCUGCAGGCCCGUCGCCCGGCCAUGGCCUUCACCGCUCCCAACGCCCCCGCCGCCCCGAACAUGUUCUACUCGAAUUCGCGCGUCUGGGUUGCGCACUUUCGUCGCAGCCUGCCUCCGUAUCUGCGCUACUUGUCGGAAACCCUGGCUCAUCUGAUGUGCUCGGGCACGCCGAGUCCAAGAUCGUCCCACAGUUCCCAUACCCAGCCGUCUCCUCCCGACCCUGCCCCGAUAUAUGGCCUUCCAGACGAACCUCAGUCGAUGCCAAAAACUGCUCGGGAUAUUCUGUCCGACACCAGCUUGUUCGAUCCCAUCAACGUCAUCUCGGGCCUCUCGAGUCCCGCGAGUGGCGCUCGAUCGGCUAACGAUCCAAGAAGCCGCAGCGUUUCGAUCGCCGCAGAUGCUGCCCUUGUGUCGAUGAUGGCGACAGUCGAGCCCGUCGAUUUCACCAUCCCACCGGCACUCAUCACCAUCUUCAUCGCCUGUCUGCUCUACUCCACCGCCGUUCCCACGAACGUUGCGCUCCUGGCCGUGUAUUAUGUGCGGAAGCUGCGGAGCAUCUGCGACAGCCGCGAGUUCAUUUCCGGAUGCGAAUUUCGUCUGUUUCUAGUCGGCUUGAUCUUGGCCAAGAAGUAUCUCGACGACAGCGAGUACAUGCGGAACUUUCGCUGGGCCAAGCUUAUUGGGCUGAGCGUCGUCCUGGUGAAUAAUAUGGAGCGAGAGUUUCUCGCGACCCUGGCCUACGAUCUCGGAAUCAGCUUCGUCGACGGCGCUGUCUUGAACUGGAAGAGUCUCUCGGACGAGUUUGAGGCUGUUGCCAAACAAAUCACUCCCAACGGAAACUCCAAGAAAUGGCUUGAGGAGUGGCAAACCUAUGCCAACGAACACCGCCGGCCAAUCCGUCCAAAGACCAAGGAUGAUGCUGACAGCCUCGAGGAUAUGCUCAGCCUCUCGGAUGCUGACGAGCCCGAGCCGGAGCAGCGCAAGUCGCGAGCCGAUCUACUGAUGGACGAGCGGAAGCUGUCUCUGCGCCACCUGAGUUCAUCCCGAAAUCGCCGUCGACACCACAGUGUCUCGACCGACGGCGGAGACGAGCACGCGCAGAACUCGGCCGACAGUCUCUCUGGGGCGCGACUGCUAUCCACAAGCACCAGCAGGGUUGCUCCCAUCCCGAUUCCAACCUCGGGUCUCGGCACCAGCUACACUGCCAAUGCCGGCGGCAUAGGCUCCUUUGGAAGCUACACUGGAUCGGUCUCGUAUUCGUACCAGCAGCCCGAGGAGCGGCGAGUCCGGCUGCAAAAGGGCACGCCAUCAAACGCGUCUAUCACCACUCUGGCGAGUUCGCUCCGGAAGCCCUCGAGCACACUGUCGAUUCGACUCCAAGACUAUUCCGAGUCGACCUGA